AGAGAGAGAGAGAGAGAGAGAGAAAGAGACAGAGAGAAGAGGGAACACAGAGGUCUUAAAACGUGAAAAUCCGUGCUUAACCUGUGCAGUAUCGUCGAUUUAUAUACUCCAAUGGAGUCUUUAAGGAUCUUCAGUGAAAAUUUGUUAAGUUCGUUCGUUAAACUCGGCUCUCAGAUUUCUUAGAACAGAGAGAAAGAGAGACGGAAAGAGAGAGGGAAAGAGACAGAAAAUGAGAAAGGGUGUGAGAAGAAAGGAAAAGUUUUCGAAACUUCUUCCUCAGACUACUACUCUCGCGUUCUCCAUCUUUCUCUGUGUGUUUGGCUUUGUUAGAUAUGAUGAUCGCGAAAGAAGCAUCGUGCAGGUUAAUGUGCUGUUUGAAUUUGACGAAAGAAGACAUAAAGAAGAAAUAUUACAAGUUCAAGGAAAUUAAUCGGAUUAGUUCGAAUAAUGGAAGAGGAUGAAGCAGAAAUUGUAGAAGCAACGUAGAGUAAAUUGUAAGGAAGCUGAUAUAAUAUUUAUGGUAACUGUAGAUUAAUUAAAAUUGUACAUUAAGUUCUGUCGAGUAUAUUAAAAUUGAUAAUUCAUUAUAUGUCCAUAUACUAGAAGCAAGAGAAUUUGCAGUAAUUUGUAAUUCUUCAUAUAAAUCUACGUAGCAUAUGGAAACUGAUCUAUGUGUCACAUUUUAUAAGAAUUUAUGAAUAUGAAAGUUGUAUUUAUAAUAGAUACAGAAAGGAUUACCAGUUUUUCUGCCUCGUGGAAUCCGGCGAAGCUGAUAGUAAAGCUUAGAUCCUUUGGUGGUCUCUUUAAAGAUGGUUCAACCGAGAUGCUGUGGCACCACGCUGUUCGAGAGAAGAGGACGCAAACGGAGUGAGCGAGAGAGCGAUGAGAUGCUAGUGGUGGGAGAGAAACAGAGCAGGAGUACGAGAAAGACAGAGAGCGAGAGAGAGAGAGAGAGAGGGUGGGUGGGGGAGAGGGAGAACGAGAUAGAGAGGGAUGAAGAACGAAGAGGAGAACGGUCCAGUCGCAGUUCCGACGCGGCAUCGUGCGCGUCAACUUCGGAUUAGAUAGAGACACAUACGAGGGACGCGUGUGUUCUUCGAAGUAUACACGUUCGUUUGUACGCAUUCGUACAUACACGUGUGUAUAAAUAUAUAAAGAGAUGUGUAUACGAGACCAUGCGUUAAGUUAUAAUUAGCUUCGAGCGUGUUUCUCAUCUUCUUUCUAAAAGAAGGAGAAGAAAGAGAGAGAGAGAGAGAGAGAGAGAGAGAGAGAGAGAGAGAGAGAGAGAGAGAGAGAGAGAGAGACAAAGCUUCUUCGGCUGGGAAGCUCCGAUUUUGACUUUAACGUCAUCCAAGCAAGCAAGCAAACCGAUCGCUAGUUAGUCUCUCCUCUGUAUGUAUACAACACGUACGACACAAACAAUUUUGAUAUAUUCCUCGAGAAAAUAGACAGUGGGACAAGGUCAUAGAGAAAUACGAAGAAGACGAAUCGAAGAGUUUCGUUGAUAUCUAAUGAUUUCCGAAGGAUUAUUAUUUCUUCUCAAUUGAUACUAUGGCAUUUCUCGAUUUCGUCGAGAGACUGAGAACACGAAGAAAGUGAAGAGGAAAGGAAUAAUAUAAUAGAGGAAAGAAAGAUAAUAAUAAUAAUAAUAGUAGUAGUAGUAAAAUUAUAAUAAUCCUAAUAAAAAAUAAUAAUCAUCAGAAGAUACAAAGUUUUCUAUUGCGAAUCUUUUUGAUUGACGGAAGUUAUUCAAACGAGAAUAUUUUAUGGAUAAAAAGAAAGCGGGAGAAUACAGUACGGGCUUCGAUUUUCGAGCUUCCGACGUUCGUCUCAGCGUUGGAACCUCGUGAAACGACGUGAAAGGGUAGUGCGAAUGAGGCGAACGCUUUCAAACCGAUGAGAUGACAGUGCUGUGCGUGCUGUGGGCUACUCUGUCCACUGUGGCAUCGAUCCUAGCGUGUUCUGGCUUUUAUUUGCCUUAUUGGAUACAGGGACGACUGCUGGGAAAGGCCGACGCGUACUUCAGUUCCUUUCGGCGUUGCAACUAUCCACGAAUCAGAGCACCUAACGCUACUCCUGAGAUAGUUUACGAGUGUGCUCGGUACUCUAGUUUCUGGGAUAUACCAAGCGCAUGGUGGCAAGCUAGCACGGUAACGAUGGGGAUCGGUGUAUCGAUUGCUGUGAUCGGUGCUUUAACUCUUCUAGCAGCAGCAUCUUCUUUUCUACCCCAUAUACUAAGGACUCCGAAGCAUACGAGGCUUCUUGGUUCCAUACAUUUCAUAGCCGCUGCAAUGAUAUGUGGUGGUUUGGUGAUGUACCCUAUUGGAUGGGACAAUCAAGAAGUACGUGAGUCCUGCGGCAAGACUGCGAACGUGUACAAUCUCGGCAAAUGCUCAUUGUCCUGGUCCAGCCAUCUCCUCAUCGGUUCGGUAAUCUUGCUGAUGCUGUGCUUCGGUCUGAGUUUCUGCACUGCCCGACACAAGCCGUCACACUCGCACACGGAUCCCCUGCGCAUUUGACAAUCGAUUCGCGCCUACUCCUCGCCGAAGACGACAACAACCACUCUCUCCUUCGUCACAGUCUGUUGAUCGUCACUCUGUAGUCAACCGAUGACGUACGUACGUACGUAUCUUGUGUGUUCGUUUGUCUGUAUACGUGUAUAUGUGUGUACGUGUGUAUGUAUGUGUACGUGUGACCAUGUGCAUCCAUAUACUUCAUCGAAGAAGCACUAACGCGACUACGAAAUUCAUAUUUCAUCGAGAAAUAGCAUCGAUUCUCUAUUCCCGUUCUUCGAAUAUUGUUACGUAUACUCGCGAGAAUACGAAAUCGAUUGUUCUUUAAGAGUUUCAAAUGUAUGUAUGUAUCUUUACGUAUCUAUGUAUGUGUGUCAUCUUUUGACAUGUAUGUAGGUGUACGUAUGUAUUUGCGUGUAUGUUUAUGUGUAUACGCACGUAUGACUUAGUAGAUAGAAAAAAUAAGAAGACAAAGACCUAUCUAAUGUAA